CAAUGAUAUUUCGGUCAAUUUGAUUUUGAUCGAUAAUUGUUCUCUCUAUUUUUUUCGUUGUGCGAGAAGAAAUCAAAAAUACAAAUGACAUUGACAGCUCAAUAUCGUCCAUAUCGAGACGAAGAAUGUACCGAUGUUGAUCAUAUUGGUUGGCCUGAACAUGAACCAGCCAUACAGAUUUAUGAAAAAACAACCGAAACUAUUCCGUAUCAUGUUUAUCAUAAUAAACGUUCAUUCAUAUUGAUUUUAUCGAUUUCGGUUGGUAUAGGAAUUUUUGGUUUUUUAUUAGGAUAUUAUUGUCAUUCGAAUCAUCAAAAAUUAUAUCAAAAUGAUUGUUUACAAAACAAAGUGAUCUCAUCAUCAUUUGAUGGAAUCAAUCAUUCAUCAACAUCACAUUUUGUUGGCGAAUCAUCAUUAAGACGAGCACAAUUAUUGGCCAGUAUCAGUUCGGAAAAUAUUCGAACAAAUGUUCGAGAAUUUUCUCGGCAACCACAUUUAGCUAGUUCGAAAGAAGAUUUAAAUUUAGCAAUCAAAAUUCGUGAUCAUUUUAAUCAUAAUCAUUUUGAUCAUGUUUCAUUGAAAAAUUAUUCUGCAUUAUUAUCAUUGCCUGAUUCAAAUAGGCCAAAUUUUGUAUCAAUAAUCGAUUCAAUAACUCAUAAUGAAUUAUAUUCAUCAUUACAAACAUUCAAUCAAAAACAACAGCCUUUACCAUUUAGUCCUUAUUCACCGAAUGGUGAUAUAAUUGGAGAUAUUUUAUUUGUUAAUUAUGGCCGUCCAGUUGAUUUUAUUCAAUUACAAAAUCUAUUCAAUACAACCAAUAAUGAUAUAUUUAAUGGAAAAAUUUUUCUUGUCAAACAAUUUCAUUUAUCUGCAAGUGAACAAUAUCGAUAUGCAUCAGCAUUAAAUGCAUCGGCAUUAUUAUUUUAUCCUGAUCCACAACAUUAUAAUCCAAAACAAUCAAAACCAUUUCCCGAUUCAUUAUGGUUACCAUCCGAUGGUAUUCGAAAUGAUGGUAUAUUUUGGAAUGGUGCUGGUGAUCCAGAAACAUUCGGUUUACCAUCCAAUUCAUAUGCCUAUCGUAAUCGAUUUCAUCCAGAACGACAAUUAACAAUGCCUGCACAACCAAUCAGUUAUGAAGUUGCGGAAAAAAUUUUUCAACAUAUGGAUGGAAUGAUUGCUCCAAACGAAUGGAAAGGCGGUCUUAAUGUUACCUAUCGUAUUGGAACGAAAUUAAAAGAUAAUCUUAAAAUUCGUAUAUCGGUUAAUAAUCGAUUGGUUAGAAAAACAAUUUAUAAUGUAAUCGGUAUGAUUUAUGGAAAUGAUGAACCGGAUCGUUAUGUUAUUAUCGGUAAUCAACGUGAUUCAAUGUCAAUGGGUGCUAUUGAUUCGGCAAGCGGUACAGGUACAUUUAUGGAAAUGGCACGUGUAUUUGGUGAUAUGAUUGUUAAUGGUGGUGGUGGUGGUUGGCGACCACGUCGAACAUUAAUGUUUUGUAGUUGGGGUAGUGAAGAAUUUAAUCUUAUUGGUUCGACUGAAUUUGUUGAAGAUUUUUAUAAAAUACUUUAUAUGAGAGCUGUUGCUUAUAUCAAUGUUAAUCUAGUCGUAAAUGGCAAUGAUACACUUAGUGUAGCUGCAUCACCAUUACUGUAUCAUUCGAUUUUUAAUGCAACAAAAGAUGUAUUCCUACCAAGACGAUCAACAUCACAAUCAUCAUCAAUCAAACAACAAGAUAAUUUCAAUUCAAUCUAUGAUAAAUGGAUAGUAUCGAUGCCUAAAAUGCGUAAUAAAUCAACAUUAAUAUUUCAACCAAACAUUUUUAAUUCGAUGAAAAUGUUUGAUAUUGAAAAUCAAACCGAUACGAUUGAUGAAAAAGAAAUUCUGGAAAAAAAUCAUCAACAAUUUCAUCGUCAAGAAUCAGCCGAUCCAGGAUCGAUUUUAAAAACAUAUUUAGAAUCAGCAUUUCAAGAGGUACGACCACAUGUACGACCAUUAGAUAUGUAUGGUUCAUAUGCACCAUUCUAUACAAUGGCCGGUAUACCUGUUGCCGAUAUUAGUUUUAUCAAUAUCGAUGAUAAUGAUAAUGAUGAAAAAAUUGAUAUUGAAGAUGAUAUUGAACAUAUUACUAUAAAUCAUAUGCCUUAUCCAUUAUUACAUAGUCAAUAUGAUCGUAUUGAAGCAUUGGAAAAUUUUAUUGAUCCAGAUUAUCGUUAUCAUGUUACAAUUGCACAAAUAUUAGUACAUCUAGUCGAAAAUCUUGCCGAUUCAUCAUUCAUACCGUUCAAUUUAUUUGAUUUUGCUCAAAUAUUGAAUGAUUUUUAUGUAAAAACAUUGCAUAUGUAUAAUGUUAUUAUCAAUGGACGUCAUCGACAGCAACGGCAAACAUUUUCAAACAAAAAUAAUGGCAAUAUAAUCGAAUCGAUAAUCGAAAAUGGUGAAAUAAAUUCCACAUCUAAUCAUUCAACGAUAAUGAUUAAUUCGGAUGAAUUUCUUAACAAAAUGGAUUUGGACCUAAAAUCACUUGAAUCAGCGAUUAAAAAUUUUAGCCAAGAAGCUAUCAAAUUCCAUGGUCGACAGGAUAAAAUCAAUACGAAUAAUCCAUUGAUGAUACGACAAAUGAAUGAUAAAUUAUUGUUAAUUGAAAGACAAUUUCUUGAUCAUCGUGGUCUGCCAUCAAAUAAUCUUAAAAGACAUUUAAUAUUAUCACCAGCCGAAAUGAUUAAUACAAUAAUGGCUAAACAUCAUUAUGAUGGUAAUGGUGGUGGCCUUUUUCCAGCUAUUAUUGAUGAACUAGAUCAAUUAAUGGGAACAAUGUUUAAUCAUGAUAAUGAUGAUGAUGAUGGCGACGAUGAUGAUGAUGAUGAUAAUUUACAUCAUUCAUUAUUAAGGCUACAAAAACAUUUACCCAUAUUGAUACAUACAAUACAAUCAGCAGCUAAUUCAUUAUCAAUCGAACCAUUUUAAUCAUUACAAAUGGAUAAAUAUGUGUGUACACUAAUCAUCCUUAUGGAAAAAACUUUGAUACGAAAAAACUGAAAUCGACAAAAAUAUGU